AUGACAAUCCUUGAAUUCUUGACCCUGGUGCCAGAAGAAGUGGCCAAUACGGAAAUUAUUGGAGGGAAAAGAGCACAAAUCACGCAAGAACUUAAAGAAAGUAUACCUUUGGUAAUAUCGACCUUGUCGUCAUUUCUCAUUUCGAUAACAGAGAACAGUGGCGAAUCUACACUACACCAAAAGGCACUUGGAUGUUUGCAGAGCUGGAUACAGUAUGGUGUUGACUUUCAAGAAGUAUAUCCUCUCGUUCGACAAUCAAUGAUGCUUCUUGGCAACGACGAUCUAUUUCAAUCCGCCACAGAUGUCCUAUUGGAAGCCAUGCAGCAACCAUCAUACACCAGAUACAACACAUUACGGAAUGACUUGCUCGACUGCUUUUCAUCAGAUGGAAUGAAAUUGAAGCUUACCGACUGCAUCUCAGAGGAGGAUGAUGAAACGGCAAUAUCGCUAGCCAAAUUGCUCACCGGCUUUGGAGAAACAUUUACUGAUUUUAUUGCAAGCCAAUUCGCAUCACCCAAAAUCAGCGUCUUACUUGAGAUGAUCAUGCAACUCACAGAUUUCCCAGGCCAUUUUCCAGCGGAUCAAGAAGUGAGUGAGGUACCGCUCAAUUUUUGGUACAUGUUGCAAGAGACGUUGUUUGACGAUGGUAUCAUUCCUAUCCGACAACAACAAGCCAUAUGGAAUCGUCAGUGUGGAGAAGAAGCGAUGAUUGUGUAUCGAGAACUUGUCUCUGUCAUCAAACGGAAAGCUGCGUUUCCAGAAGAUUCCGUAUGGCGCUCGUGGCCUAAAGGUAAAGACUUGGAAGCAACCAUGUUCUGUUUGAAAAGUAUUUGUGAAGAAGUUCCAGCGGAUGAGGAUACCUAUAUCCGUCAGUUUUUUGGUCCAAAAGUACUUGAAAGAUUACCGACCAGCGAAGAUUUUCGAUUACAAAAUACUGUUCUGCUUUUGACUGGUGCAUUGGCCGAAUGGUUAAAAAUACAUCCAGAGUUUCUUCCACCUGUCAUGAACUAUAUCGUGCCAUGUCUCAGCGUCCAACGACUAUCCAUGUCUGCAGCUACCGCAUUUUCUGAUAUUUGUGACACAUGCCGAGAAUCGUUGACCGAUGCUUUGGAUAGUCUCAUGCACGCCAAUAUCAUGCAAAAAGUUGUAGAAUCUGUUGCAGAUGUUAUUCAGGUGCUACCUCCCGAUAGAGCAAUCGCGCCACUCAUGGCAUUAGCAGGAGAUAUACUUCAAGGAGUAGGAAAAGCUCUAACGGUUGCCAAAGAAGCACCAGCAGAAGCACGUGAGGUGAUUCUGGCACAACUACAAUACCUAUCCGCCUGCUGUCGAGGGAUUCAGUCCCCAAACGACGACUAUCAAUCCUUAUCAGCACGAAACUCCAACUAUGACAAUUUUGCUAACGGUCAACUCGCAGCCAUGUAUGCCAAGGUCGACGGCUUCCAUCAAUUCACGUCAGCUAUAUAUGAUUCGGUCCAACAUAUUGCGGCAACGUGGCGAGACGAUGAAGAGAUCAUGAAGACAUUAUCACAUUAUAUUGAGGCAGGCAUACGGUCCAUCAGCCCAUUGUUAACGCUGGCGUUCGACGAUCUGGCUGUACUGACAGUGACAAAUUAUCAAAGUACUGGAUUUGCGUGCUGGUUACACACGGCCACAUUGAUCAUGACAGUCUAUGGAGGUCACGAGACAAAUUAUCCUCGAUUACGUGAUUUGUUGGGCUCUUUGACAGAAAAGACGCUGGGAUUUAUUGGCACGGUUGAAGGUAAAGCAAAUUGUCAAAAAGCUUUGCCCUUGAUAAUUAACCAAACGGUUAUUAAUCGUCCCUGUUUACAUAUGAAAGCCAUGGAACAAUAUCCAGAUGUCAUAGAUAAUUACUUUGAGCUUCUAUCAAGAGUAAGUAAUUAA